AUGACAUUUAUCAAUUCUGAUGCUGCCUGUCGUGUUUCGACUCAGGAGAUAAUAAAAAUCUUACAAACGGACGCUAAACUAGGCUUAAAUGAAAAUGAUAUUCAGCUACGACAAAAAUUCUACGGUCAUAAUGAUUUCGAUGUUGAUGAUGAUGAACCAAUAUGGUUAAAGUAUUUAGGACAAUUUAAAGAGCCUAUGAUAUUAUUAUUACUUGCAUCGGCAUUGAUUUCGUUAAUAUUGAAGCAAUACGACGAUGCAAUAUCAAUCACUGUUGCUAUUAUUAUUGUUGUUACUGUUGCAUUUAUUCAAGAAAAUCGAGCAGAAAAAGAGAUAGAAGCACUGAAAAAACUUGUACCGCCGAAAUGUACAUGUAUACGAGAAGGAAAAAGUCAUUUCAUCUACGCACGAGAUUUAGUACCGGGAGAUUUAUGCAUUUUGGAUAUUGGUGAUCGUGUACCUGCUGAUUUACGUUUAACAGAAGCUAACGAUAUAUCGAUUGAUGAAUCCUCAUUUACUGGUGAAACAAAACCAUCAGUUAAAACAAUUGAACCACUUGUAUUUGGCUCACGAUUAACAUCUAUUAGUGAUAGAAAAAAUGUAGCGUUCAUGGGUACACACGUACUGAAUGGCAAUGCUAAAGGUAUUGUUAUAUGUACAGGUGAAAAUUCAGAAUUUGGUAAAGUGUUUCAACUGAUGCAACAACAAGAGGCACCGAAAACACCAUUACAAAAGAGUAUGGAUACACUGGGAAAGCAACUAUCAUUUUAUUCAUUGAGCAUUAUUGGAUUUAUUGUUAUUGUUGGAUGGUUACAAGGACGGCAUCUUCUUGAAAUGUUUACUAUCGGUGUUAGUUUGGCGGUAGCAGCUAUUCCUGAAGGUUUACCUAUUGUUGUUACUGUAACAUUGGCGCUUGGCGUUCAACGCAUGGCGAAAAGAGAAGCAAUUGUUAAAAAGUUACCUAUCGUUGAAACACUCGGUUGCGUUACUGUCGUAUGUUCAGAUAAAACCGGAACAUUGACAAAAAAUGAAAUGACUGUAACGAAUAUUUUGACAUCUGAUGGUCAAGUAGCUGAAGUAACUGGUUCAGGUUAUAAUAGUGACGGUGAUGUUAUCUGCGGUACACAACGCAUUACCUAUGAUUCGCACCCAUCUAUUUCAAAAAUAGUCGAAGUUGGAGCCGUCUGUAACAAUGCUGAAAUAAUUAAUUUUCAACUACGUGGUCAACCAACUGAAGGUGCUCUACUUGCUGUUGCUAUGAAAAUGAAUCUUCCGCAUCUUCGCGAACAAUUUCAUCGUGAACAUGAAUGGUCAUUUACUCAUGAACAUAAAUGGAUGGCUGUAGAAUGUAUACCGAAAUAUAAUCCAAAUGAAACGCGUGUGUAUUUUAAAGGGGCAAUUGAGCAAGUAUUAAGAAUGUGUAAACAAUUUUUAUACCAUGGAACACCAGUACAAUUGACUGAUGAAAAUAUACGAGAAUUUCUUAUGGAUUCAAAUCAAAUGGCAGCUAAAGGAUUACGAGUUAUUGCCAUGGCUAUUGGAACAUCACUAGAUGAUUUAGUUUAUGUUGGUAUGGUUGGAAUCAUUGAUCCAGAACGACCGCAAGUUGCACUAGCUGUAUCACAAUUAAAAGCUGGUGGUGUUCAAGUGAAAAUGAUAACGGGUGAUGCUGAAAAAACAGCAAAAGCUAUUGCUACUCGUUUGAAGAUCUAUCAUAAUGCUGAUCUGAGUAUUUCCGGUGAAGAUCUUGAGCAUAUGAAUGCAGCUGAACUUGAUGCAGCUAUUGCAAAAGCAACAGUUUUCUAUCGUGUUAGUCCGGUUCAUAAACUAACCAUUGUUAAAGCUUUACAAGCACAAGGGCAUAUUGUUAGUAUGACAGGUGAUGGUGUCAAUGAUGCUGUUGCAUUGAAAGCAGCUGAUAUUGGCAUAGCUAUGGGACAAACAGGAACUGAUGUUUGUAAAGAAGCAGCUGAUAUGAUUCUUGUUAAAGAUGAUUUUUAUACAAUAAUGGCAGCGAUUGAAGAGGGUAAAGCAAUAUUUCAUAAUAUAAGAAAUUUCGUUCGGUUUCAAUUGAGCACGAGUAUUGCAGCUUUAAGUUUAAUUACACUUUCAACUGUUUUUCAUUUUCCAAAUCCAUUAAAUGCUAUGCAAAUUCUUUGGAUUAAUAUUAUCAUGGAUGGACCACCAGCUCAAAGUCUGGGUGUUGAACCAGUUGAUCAUGAUGUAUUAAAAAAACCACCGAGGAAAGUAACCGAUUCAAUGAUUGAUAGAAGACUGAUUAUUAACAUAAUUACAAGUGCCGUGGUAAUUGUUGUUGGAACUUUAUGUGUUUUUUAUGCUGAAAUGCGUGACGGAAAAGUGACACCACGAGAUACAACAAUGACAUUCACAUGUUUCGUCUUUUUUGACAUGUUUAAUGCACUUAGCUGUCGAUCUCAGACGAAAUUUAUUUUUGAAAUUGGCUUUUUUUCAAAUCGAGUUUUUCUUAUUGCUGUCUUACUUUCGAUAGCUGGUCAAAUGGCUGUUAUUUAUUUUCCACCGUUACAAUAUGUUUUUCAAACAGAAGCCUUAAGUGCAUCAGAUUUACUCUACCUUACCUGUCUGACGUCGUCUGUAUUUUUUGUUAGUGAAAUACGGAAAUUGAUAGAGAGAUUAUGCAUUAAAUCUCAAGGCAAUCAGAAAUAUGUUACGAACAAUCAUUGGAUGGUUUAA